AUACGCGGCCCAUCGAAGCCCGACUUGACUGCCCGAUUUUGACACCGGCCGGCGACGGGAAAUCGGCCUCGCCAAUCUCUCGCCGGCUUCCCUCCGCCCCUGCCCAACGGCGUCUGCGGCGGCGCUCGCGUCAGAUCGCGCACCAAGAAGAGGUGAUCUGCCCGCGCUGCUCUGCUCGGCCCGGUGGAGGCGGGGCUGCCGCAACGGCGGCGAUGGAGAAGGGAGGGGAGGCGGACGGCGGCAGGCCGGAGUACAGCAUCAUCGUGCCCACCUACAACGAGCGCCUCAACGUCGCCCUCAUCGUCUACCUCAUCUUCAAGCACCUCCCGGAUGCCAAGUUCGAAAUCAUUAUUGUGGAUGAUGGAAGCCCCGAUGGAACUCAAGACAUUGUAAAGCAGCUGCAGCAAGUAUAUGGCGAAGAUCGUGUUCUACUGCGAGCUAGACCAAGGAAACUAGGGCUUGGUACUGCAUAUAUGCAUGGAUUAAAGCAUGCUUCAGGGGAGUUCGUUGUUAUAAUGGAUGCGGAUCUAUCUCAUCAUCCAAAGUAUUUGCCAAGCUUCAUCAGGAAGCAAAAGGAAACCGGUGCUGACAUUGUAACUGGCACCCGUUAUGUUAGCAACGGCGGUGUCCAUGGUUGGAAUCUUAUGCGGAAGUUGACCAGCAGGGGAGCAAAUGUUCUAGCACAGACGUUGCUACAGCCUGGAGCUUCUGAUCUGACUGGAUCGUUUAGGCUAUAUAAGCGAAGUGUUUUGGAGGAUGUCAUCUCCUCCUGCGUCAGCAAGGGCUAUGUAUUCCAAAUGGAGAUGAUUGUCAGGGCUACUAGGAAAGGUUAUCACAUUGAAGAGGUCCCAAUCACUUUUGUAGACAGGGUCUUCGGAAUCUCAAAGCUCGGUGGAUCCGAAAUUGUUGGAUAUUUGAAAGGCCUUGUGUAUCUGUUGCUCACAACAUAGGGCGAAAAGACACCACAUGCAUGACUGUUAUAGGACAAACUCUUGUUAGAGUGAUUUUUCUUAUCUUUCACGGCUUGAGCUGCAUAAUUCUGCUAACGUUUUCAGAUCUACAGUUGAAUUAUAUACACUAGUUUUGGUCUGUGAGUAUCCUUA